UACAAAGCUCAAGUCUAGAUUUUACUCUGAUAUCUCAUCCUCGUUCUGCUAUUUACUGAAUAGCAGCAACUAGCAGCUAGUUGCUCCGAGAAAAACAAAACAAAACAAAACAAAAAAACAGAAAAAACCAUGGCAGUCAUAAAACUCGGCUCGCGCAAGUCGCAGCUCGCGAUCGCGCAGACCGAGAUUGUCAUAAAGGCGCUCAAAGAGCAGUUCCCGGACCUCGAGUGCGAGAUUGUGACGACGACGACGCUCGCGGAUAAUAACCAGGAGAAAGCGCUCUAUGCGUUUGGCGGGAAACCGGUCUGGACUGCUGAGCUCGAGGAAUUGCUCGCGGACGGGCGUGUCGAUAUGAUUGUGCAUUCGCUGAAAGAUGUUCCUACUUCCCUCCCCGAGCAGUUUGUCAUUGGCGGCAUUCUCAACCGAGCAGACCCCAGAGAUGCCCUUCUCGUGAGGCCAGGACUGCCAUACAAGUCUCUGGACGAACUACCCGACCACAGCGUCGUAGGCACAUCAUCCAUCCGCAGAUCUUCUCAGCUGAAGCGGAAAUACCCCAAUCUCGAAUUCAAAGUCGUCCGCGGCAACAUAAACACCCGGAUGAGCAAACUAGACGACCCAGAGCAAGGCUACACCUGCAUAAUCCUCGCCGCCGCCGGCCUCCUCCGUCUCGACUUUGGCUACCGCAUCACGCAGUACCUGGACGCGCCCGAACUGCUCUACGCCGUCGGCCAAGGCGCUAUCGGCGUCGAAGUCAAGAAAGGCGACGCCGCGACGCAGGCUUUUCUCGACAAAAUCAUCGAUCUCCCGGUCGCGCUGACGUGCACGGCCGAGCGCAGUCUCAUGCGGAAACUCGAGGGCGGAUGCUCGGUCCCGCUCGGCGUGCACUCGUCUGUCGCGGCCGAUGGAAAACUGUCGAUCGAGGCCCGCGUUGUGAGCGUCGAUGGCACCGAGGCUGCGUCGGCGUCGGUUACGGAUACGGUUAAGAGUUAUGAGGAUGCGGAGGCGUUUGGCGAGAAGCUUGCGGCUGCGAUUAUCGAGGAGGGCGCUGCGAAGAUUUUGGAGAAGAUUGCGUACGAUAAGAUUAAGCAGUAGAUAGUUCAAAAUGUUUGGAUGAUGUUGUUGAUUUCAAAAUUGGAGCAGUUAGGUUAUGUGUACGAAUGAUUUUGAAUGUUUGAUAUAUCGUAUUGCCGAAUCAAGAAAAAAGUCCGUCCUCGUUCACCAGAUAUCCUGGAAAAGUAUACAGCAGCAGUUGUUGAGAAUAACUGCAGCUCACGAUAUACCAAUGUCAUACCGAAA